GUUUGCUAUGAUUGCAUAUCUUAAUUUUGUCAUAUGCCAGUUACCAACUUUUUCACCAUCAUUUUUUCAGAUGAUGGAUCCAGGUGGAAUUGCAAAUUGGUCAGUAACAUAUGUGGAUUGGUCUGAAGGAAAGUGGCAUCCAAGAUCAUAUAGGGCUCAAGAUGUGACCUAUGAUCUUCUUAAGAACAUUACAUCCAUUGACGAGAGCCUGCAUGUUACAAGUGAUGAGGAGAAGAAAUUGAUUAUUAAACCUUGCAUGUGGAAUGGAAUGAAGCGGCCUUGCUACUUAUUUGGAAGAAAAUUCUUUCCUGAUACUCUGGAUAGCUUGAUAUACAUUUUCUCCAAUUAUACGAAAUACUAAAAUAUGCUGCAUAUUGUGACUGUUUGGUCAGAUCAAGAGCAUUUGACCCUCUUAUCUCACAUCACUCUGCUAUAUAAUCUCAAAAUGCUGUAAAUGUGUUCCAUAAUUGGAUCAUCAGAUGCAUCACCAGAUAAAUAUUUCUGCUUGAGGGGUGAUCAGUGAGCGAUCCAGGAUCUUUACUUGGGGUCUGGACGAAGCUGCUCACCUGUUUGUUUUUGCUGCUUCCUCUUGAGGUUACAAGUUUGUACUCUCUCUCUCUCUCUCUCUC